AUGAAAAAUAAAACCAUGUUGACUGAGUUCAUCCUGCUGGGUCUAACAGAUGCCCCUGAAAUGCAGGUGGUGGUUUUCACCUUUCUGCUCCUUGCCUAUUUACUCAGCAUCACUGGAAAUCUGACUAUCCUCAUCCUCACCUUACUGGACCCCCACCUUCAGACUCCCAUGUAUUUCUUUCUCCGGAACUUCUCCUUCUUAGAAAUUUCCUUCACGAACAUCUUCAUUCCCAGGGUCCUCAUCAGCAUCACAACAAGGAACAAGAGUAUCAGCUUUGCUGGCUGCUUCACUCAAUAUUUCUUUGCCAUAUUCCUUGGGGCAACAGAGUUUUAUCUCCUGGCUGCCAUGUCGUAUGAUCGCUAUGUGGCCAUCUGUAAACCCCUGCAUUACACAACCAUGAUGAGCAACAGAGUCUGUACCCAGCUGGUUCUCUGCUCUUGGCUGGCUGGGUUAAUGGUUAUUAUAGUACCAAUCACUCUGAUGAGUCAGCAGGACUUUUGUGCAUCCAACAGGCUGAAUCACUAUUUCUGUGACUAUGAGCCCCUUCGGGAACUCUCCUGUUCCGACACAAGCCUCAUAGAGAAGAUUGUCUUUUCUGUGGCAUCUGUGACCCUGGUGGCCACUCUGGUGCUAGUGGUUCUCUCCUACACAUUCAUCAUCAGGACAAUUCUGAAGCUCCCCUCUGCCCAGCAAAGAACAAAAGCCUUUUCUACUUGUUCUUCCCACAUGAUCGUCAUCGCCCUCUCUUAUGGAAGCUGCUUCUUUGUUUAUCUUAAGCCCUCAACAAAAGAACCAGGCACAUUCAACAAGGGAGUAGCCCUACUCUUUACUUCAGUUACACCUUUGUUGAACCCCUUCAUUUACACUCUAAGGAACCAACAGGUAAAACAAGCCUUCAAAGAUACAGUCCAAAAGCUUAUGAAUCUUUACAGAAUUUCAGAAUUAAAGCCUUAG